AUGUUCCAAAAUCUACAUGAUCGUCUGCCACAUGCGCAGCUCGGAGGUCUGGGCGUUACAGGGGCCGUGGCAUGGUGGGGAUGCUCGAGGUGGAUGGGCUCGGAGGUCGGCGCACAAAAAUCGGGAUUGGAAUGCCGGACUGCGCGAGGGACUGCAGAAUCGCCGACAUCUGACCCUCAAGAUCGGCAACCCGCGAUGUCAAAACAGUCACCUGAAUGUUUGCAUGCGAUGAUGACAGGUCGAGGUUCCCUCUGUCCGGCAUUCCCCUUCCUGUACAAUAUGUUUCCGGCCUCCUCCCGAGAGUCUGAUCCAACGUCUCCGUUCAAGAUCUGA